CUGUAGCACAGUCGCUGUUGCCGAAUCGUGGUGGCAAUAAACGGAGCUGUACAGAAGAGUAGACCUACAACAUCCGGGCAAUAGUCAGCUUGCGCAGAAACGGAAUGGCGGAGGUGGGUGAAAAGCCUCUGAAGAUGAGUGUAGAGGUUGUGGCCUAGUGGAGAGCGGAUGAGGUACAGCGAUGACGGCCCUCAGUGGGAGAAGCAGAAGUCUUAACAGGCCUUAGAGGAGUUGGAGGAGAACUUACCUCGCCCCAUGAAGAUGGCAGCGCAAUCCCACACUGCCAAUGAGCUUCCUUUGGAAGAUCUGCUGGCUCUGUAUGGCUAUACAGUGUCAGAUCGAGAGAAGGAGACCUGUCACAUGGCUGCCAACCUGCCAGGCAUGACACUGGACAAGGAUCAGAUAACUGAGGAGCUCUUUCCUGGGGAGGAGGAAGAAGAAUCAUCGGCUGAUGAUCUCACCCCGUCAGUCACCUCGAACACCUCAGAUCUGCUCCGCGGUCUCCGAGGCGGAGACAAAGACACAUUAGUCAGCUCAUCAGAUGAAGACUCUGACAAUGCCUCUAUUCCCUCCAACGAGGAGCACAAGGAGAUCAUGGUUGGCUCUAUGUAUCAGGCAAAAAUCCCUCCACUCAGCCCGUAUGCCUACAAGGAGAGAGCCUACAGCAGUGAGGACCAGUUGCUGUGGAGGCCAGGUGUUCUGCCGGUGCAGGAAGUGGAGGAGUUCUUGCUAAAUACACAGAGACCACGUGGCCAGGAGGGGGCAGCAUGCACACUGGUGCAAGGGGGCACUGUCCGAGACAACGAACAGGCGCUGUAUGAACUAAUAAAAUGCAACUUCAACGCAGAAGAGGCACUGAGACGAUUGCGCUUCAACGUGAAGGUGUUUAGUGAUGAGCUGUGUGCCUGGAGUGAGGAGGAGAGUAGGAACUUUGAGCAUGGCUAUCGAGUUUACGGGAAAAACUUCCACCUUAUUCAGGCUAAUAAGGUACGAACGCGCUCUGUGGGCGAAUGUGUGGAGUAUUACUACAUGUGGAAGAAGUCUGACCGUCAUGAGUAUUUUACCCAACAGGCCACCAGGCUCAGCCGCAAGAAAUACAGCCUGCAGUCAGGGAGCAUGGACGAUGGAGACCAGGAUGGGGAGGUCGGGGAGCUGGAAGGAAGCAACAAUUCCUCAGGCUUGUUGUCUCACAGCUCCAUGGGCCACGGGCAGCUGGAGUCCCCAUUACCUCCACAGUCGAAGUUGGACCUAAACAAACGAGGAGGAGGGCCGUCCGCGGCGCAGACGAACUCCCCGCUUUCUCUUAAAGCCAUGAACUUCCACACAGGCCACAGAAAGCAGGCUGGGCCUGCAGGUAAAGAAGAUGGUGAGCUGGUGAUGGGGCUGUCAGAGCUGUGUGGAGACGGAUGUCCUCAGCAGCUGUUUGGCUGUCCCUUCUCUCUGCCACCCAUGGACGAACUGCGGGAUCCUGGCUUAGAUAGUUGUUGUCCCUCAACCACGGUCCAGUUCCAGUCCCAGCCCUCCGCCCUGAGUCCCCAGUGGGCCUGCGGGAGCCCUCCGUCCUGCCAUGACGACCACUGCCUCCCUGGCUCUCUCUUCUACCAGCUACACAUGCGAGGUGGACCUUUUGUUUCUGAGGACCCUAACUGUGAUACACCCGGCGGUGGGACUGGCGCCCCCCAUGGGCUGCAGGUGGAAUUUAGCCUGCCGUCUGCCUCACCUCCCUCAUCUGCUGUCCUCCCUUCACACUUCCAGGCAUUUGGCAACCUGUUGCACCCCUCUCCUGUCCAGCAUUCCCACUCUCUUACACAGUGAGGGGACACAGGAAAAUCAAAAUUGAGUGGUACUCUUUGUGGUUGGCCCUUUGUCGAAAUCAUUGAUCGGUGUUGGUAUUUACACUGGGCUUACAGAAACCAGGACAAAAAGUGCAUUUACCUUACUUUAUGAAAAAGGAUGGACCUACUACCUGUACUGGGGGGUUACUUGUCCAUCUGAACCUUCUUUUUAAAAGGAGACACUUGAACCUCCUGUACAUUGUGGAAGUGUUAAUCGCUGCUUACAGGUUUGAUUAUAUGUUUAUUAACAGUUUAUCACCACAACCUGCCCCAGGGCAAUGUUAUUGAUUAGCCAUCAUGAAUAUAUACUUGUGAAAGCACAGUGCAGGGGAUGACAGCUGCAGUGACCAUGCAAGCAAACCAGAAGCAAGUUGCCUAUAGUCCAUGUUUUUCUAAAACAGAUCAGUGAUUAACAAAUGUGAACAACUGUUGCUUUGUUUUCUUAUUUAUCAAGAUGGAGAAGUUUGGGGGUUUUUUUUUGUUUCUUUGUUUUUUUUAAAAUAAGUUUAAUAGCCAAUAACGUUUCUUUGAGUUCUGCUAUUUGCUCUGCACUUUUGCCGCUGCAGCCGUUUGAGAUCUGUUUCUGAACAGUGCCACAGUGACAUGGCUGCUGGAAGUCUCACCAUAGAGUAAAAUCUGUCCAUUCAAACAACAUACAAUAGUUUUUUAAUACAUUAAACUUCCUCUAAUCAGCCUGUAAUUUUCUUUCUCUUUUUGGUUGCUCAUGUCUUUGCUUCUCUGAACUUCCAGCCUCCUCAUCUCAAACUGUAAACCUUUGGCACAAGAAUCAAGCUUUCUCAAGAGUUUUGUUUAACUAUGAAGACCCUGAAACUAAAGAAAAUUUUCUUUAAGUUUAUUUAAACAUGGAGCAGUGUAGAAGCAACAAGAAGUGUAGUAUUUUUGCAGAGUUUUUCUUUUUAGUUUUGCUUUUGUCAAAGUUUUCCUCCUUGCUGUCCCAGGAGAUUUAUAAAAGUGCAGUGCAUUGUUACCAUUUCUGGUCACUGUUUCUGUCAUGUUGAAUAUUAAGUAAAGUACCAUGAAGAGCCUGUUUGACCCGCAGAAUAGGCUUAGAAUAAAAUAUGUAAAUGUAAAAUGUACAUGCUUAAGUAGGUGGGUCACUGAAUCCGAACAGUUUCUCAGGUGCUGCAACUUUGAAGGGGCUUUGAGGGGCUGACCUUCAGUGAUCAGUGAGAGUCAGUCACUUUCAUUCUGGACAGGUGUCAUACGAACAUACAGUUAGAAAAGGGAUUAUGUUAUCGGACAUUUCUUGGAUUAAGACACACCUUGUGGGUAAAAGUAAAAAUGUAUGUAGUGACAGACGUUGAGGUCCAGAGGCAUCUUCUGUAUGCCUCUUGGAGCCUCCAUUUUAUUUUGACAAAAUCCCACCUUUGAGCUCUUUGAAAACCAGCAACAAGGAAACAACAUCCAAGUAAUCUCAAUUCAUGAACAGCAAUUUGCGAAGAUGUGGAAACAAAGGAACAAUUAUAAUAUUUCUAGUGUCAGAGCUAAAAAUAUUAUAGUUAGUCCCUCUUUACUAGAUUUGCUGAUUCAACCAAUACAAGACAUCUCUCUUUUUCCUUUGAAUUGUUUCCUUGAGCAUCUUUAAUGACCUCUACCAGACAUUUUGAAAUAUACUGAAAAAUUUCAGAUAUGUAUAUGUGCUUAAAUUUCUAAUGAUUAUUUUUUUACAGUACAAAUCUCUUAUUAAGCACUGCAUAACAGAUCCUCUGCUCCCCCCAUCAGUUAGAAUGGUCGGGCUGUGAUAUGACAAAUACAUGUAGAUGGACUUAACAUAAAGGUUAUCACAGUACGUAUUAUCUUAUUAUUUAAUAUUAUGUAACACAAUAAAUGGAUGACCUUUAAAAUCCCUCUUGUUAGGAACAAUUUUAUACAUUUCACAAAAUCAUGUUUUGAUUUGUGUAAUCAUUCAUAUGAGGUAUUUUCCUCUGCAUGUCAGUAGAUUGCAGUCACACACUGUCUCUAAAGGGGUAAAGGAAACGUUACAGGGAGGGAAAGGAUUGUGCUGGUUAUUCUUCCUUUCGUCUGUCCAUCUAUUUAUUCCAUAUUUCUGUCUAUAAAUGUACGAGCUCUUCCUGUGAUCCCCGUUUAAAGCCAAGCCGGUUUCAGAUUGUUUUGUCUUUGACUGUUUACAUGAGGGAGGUUCAGGACAAGACCACGAAGGCAGAAAAAGGAGCAGAAUCACUGCCUUUUGUUAAUUCUUUAUUUUCACUUUUAUUUUUAGCAAUUUAUAUAUUGUACUGCUUCUGUUAUGUUUGUUUAUAAUUAUUGUAUUUUGUAAAGAAGAAACAAUUAAAAUGAACAAUGGUAAAAUA